AGAAAUCAGAAUGAAAAAUACGAUUUCAAAUUCAGAUAUUUUCGGAUCUUAAUUGGCGAAUUUGGAAAUUCCAUUCCGAUUUCUAACCCUAGUUAAAUAUGACUUGACAUGACAAUGAGACAUGUUUUCAAUUAUAGGUGGUCAAAAUAGUAUAACUAAAAGUAAAGGGGUUAAAUUGAUAUCAGUCUGAAGUACAAGGAGGGAAAGUUAAAUUUAUCCAAUAUUAUAUUCAAACGGAACUCAUCUUCUAAAUUUGGACCCUUUCUUUCAGGAGAACCUCUUCCCCACCAACUCCAACAAAACUGUUUUCAUCCACAGAUUGAAUCUGAUUUCUUCAACUUUUUCUACAUUCUUUUUUUUUUUCCAAAAAAAAAAAGAAAGAAAUUCCCAGCAAAGAAUUUCCCAAUCAAGAUUUCCUAUCGACACAAAUCAAAACCUGUUGGAUGCCCAAGAUUUUCCCUUUGUCAUGCCAAAAAAAUUGUGUUGAUUGCACAAAAAUCUGUUCAUGACUUGAAUCAAUUGAAAUUGGCUUCCAACAGAUCAAAAUCCCUCCAUGUAGGAAUCCACGCAAUCGAAGAAAAAUCUCCCAUCUCCUGAGGCAAAAACAACAAUGCACGCUAGGUGUUUGUGGAAUGCUCCCAAUGAAGGAUAUCCUAUGGUGGCACCUUCCUGCACCGGUCUUCUCGAUUUUCCUAAUGCAAUUGCAUUCCAAGAAACAUCCGCUUCCCACUUUUCUUCUUCCCUCGUACGUUGAAAACUCGCCGCGGUCGCAACAAGGUCGAAGUAGAAACACCAACACGAAAAAACACGAAUGGCUUAUCGUAUCUCCGCUAGAACUCAAUCGUUGUCGUCUUCACAGCAACCUCCUGCUCAAAGACUAACAAACGAACCCGUUACGCAGAAAACAGCACAGAGCACGGUUACGUGUGUGUACCAAGCACACAUUGCUGGUUUUUGGCGUAACGUCACUGUAUUAUGGAGCAAGAAUGUCAUGAAUUACUCUCUAUGUAUAUCCGUCGAAAGUGUGGAUGAUGAACAAGCUUCUACGUGCAAAAUUGACCUUAAACCUUGGCAUUUUUGGGCCAAGAAAGGGUACAAGACCUUCGAGGUUGACGGGAACCAAUUAGACGCUUACUGGGAUUUAAAAUCAGCAAAAUUUUCGGGCAGUCCAGAGCCAUUCGCGGAGUAUUACGUCGUCUUGGUUUCCGAAGAGGAAGUGGUCUUGUUGCUCGGUGACAGCAAGAAAAAGGCGUACAAGAGAGCGAAAGCGAGGCCGGGACUUGUGGACGCCGUGAUGUUCUACAAGAAAGAGCAUGUCUUUGGGAAGAAAUCCUUCUCGACGAGGGCGGCGUUCGAUCAGAAGAAACGGGAGCACGAUAUUGUUGUGGAGAGCUCUACCUCAGGGCCUAGAGAACCCGAAAUGUGGAUUAGCAUAGACGGGAUUGUGUUGAUACAUGUUAGGAACUUGCAGUGGAAAUUCAGGGGUAAUCAGACCGUACUAGUCAACAAGCAGCCGGUACAAGUGUUUUGGGACGUGCACGCUUGGUUGUUCUGUGCUCCGGGAUCCAAUCACGGCUUGUUCAUAUUCAAGCCCGGCGCAGCGGAAUGCGACAGUGAUUUGGACGAAGAAGACGAGAAUAAAGGGGAUGGUAGCGAUUGUAGUGGGCCCAGCAGAUACUACUCUACGCAAAGCUAUUCCAAGGCCUCCGAUUUCUGCCUUUUUCUCUAUGCAUGGAAGAUCGAGUGAGAAGGAAAAAAAAAACGGCGUGCAAAAAUGGAUCAGGAAGUUUAUUGAAAAUCUCUGAAUUCGAACGGGGUUGUUUGUUGUCGUGUCGUUGAGCUUUCGCAGUUUCUUUCGACAAACCUACUCUAUUGAUCGAGGAUAAAAAAAUGUGUCGAUUUCCCAUGAUCAUAUUCCGAUGUUAUUAUAUGUUGCAUAAUGAACUUAAUCCAAUUUUCCUUAAUUCCUCUAUACAAAUCAUUUGCACUGA